AUGCAUUCUUAUAAGUUGUUUCAUAAGGGUUUGAAUGGAAGUGACAAUUAUGUUGUUGUUUCCGAUCGAGUCAAGAUUAUUAACAUCCAAAGUAGUUUUGAAGAUCUUGAAGAUCCUCCUUCACAAGUAAAUGUGUUGAGAAUGAAUGACUUAAAAGCAUUUAGGAACAUGUUAAAGGAAAAAAUAAUGUUGCCAGAAGAUUCUUGGGUUGAUCGUGAUUCUUUCUUUGAUUUCUUUGACAAAGAAGAAUAUCCGUACCAUAUAUUUAUUGAGAAACUAGCAAGCCAUCCCUUUUUAUUAACUCCAGCUGAAAGAAUGAAGAGUUUUUACAGUAUACAUGAGUCUGCAAAUGAAAGCAAGUUCAAGAGAAGAUUAGAUGGUAGGGCAUUCUAUGAGUAUAGGGAAUGGAAUAGGAAAGAUAUGGUUCCUGAGUUCCAAAAGGUUUAUAAAAUUUUCAAUUCGAAAUAUGACGGUGAUUGUGUAUGGGACCUUCUAGAAUUUUUGAAAGAUGUAUAUGAAGAUGAUAAUCCUCGUGAUUUAAAUGCUGUGUACGCUGAGGUCGAAAGGUUGUACCCUAAUUUCUUGGAGAAGAUUCAUGCCAUCAUAUGA